AUGUUCAUCGAAUUCGCCACCGUUGCCGCCUUCGCCGUCCUCGGCACCCAGGCAGGAGGACUCGGCGCCUACGAAUACGCUGCCCCCGCCUAUGGACUCGGAUACGGAAAUGGCUACGCUCACGGAUACGGCUACGGUGGACAUGGAAUCGCCCCGAUUGCGAAGAUUGCCCCGGUUCUCUCAUCGUCGUACACGACGGUGACAAAAACCGUCCCUGUCGCUGCACCGAUCGUUGCAAAGGUUGUCACUCCGCUCUACCACGGUUAUGCCCCUGCCUACGGCCCAGGCAUUGCCGCCGCUCGAGUUGGCGCCUAUGGCCACGCUCCUGUCGCCCUCGGAUACUCGGGCGGUCUCGGACACGGUUACGGCCCGGGCUACGGACUUGGUCACAAUGUUGGUUAUGGCGCUCCGUUGGCAGCCUACGGUCACUUGAACGGGAAGUACCUCAUCCGCAAAUAA